CUGUUCCGGAGAAUAUUUGUGUUUUGGAAAGUUUGUGAACGUUGAACAGUUGAAAAGGAAAUAAUUCAUGGACAUGUGUAGAUAUAUAUAUAUAUACAUGAGUGUAUGAAAUGAUCUUAAAAGAAAGAAAACGACGCAAUUACGGUGAAGUGACAAGCAACUGUGGGAGUACUGGAGAACAAGAAAGAAGUAAAAGACACUGUAUAAUACCAACAGACUAGCUGCAGUAAAAUGAGUGGACAAGCAAUAACCAUUAUCCACUUUAAUGAUGUGUACAACAUUGAACCUCAGAAAGAGGAGCCAAAAGGAGGGGCAGCUAGGAUGGCAUCGUACAUUAAGUCUUGUCAAGAAUUAAAUCCAGUAGUACUCUUUAGUGGUGAUAUACUCAAUCCAUCACUAAUGAGUAUUUUUAUGAAAGGGGAUCAGAUGAUACCAAUUAUUAACAGUUUAAAUGUCCAGUGUGCUGUAUUUGGAAAUCAUGACUUUGAUUUUGGAGUAGACCAUCUACAGGAAUUUAUGACCAAGACAAAGGGUUGUACCUGGCUAUUAAGUAAUGUGAUAGACAAUUUAUCUGAGAAGUCACUAGCAAAUGGAAAAACACAGCAUAUUAUAAAAACACAUGGAAUAAAGAUAGGAUUGAUCGGUUUAGUUGAACAUGAAUGGAUUGAUACAUUAGCAACUUUAGAUCCUGAAGAUGUCACAUUUGAAGAUUAUAUAGAAAGAGGGAAUGAACUAACUAGAUCAUUAAAAGAACAGGGAGUAGAUGUAAUAAUAGCUUUAACACACAUGAGAACACCCAAUGAUAGAAGAUUAGCAGAGAAUGUUGACGACAUAGAUUUGAUUCUUGGAGGACAUGAUCAUGAUUAUAGUCUAGAAGUGGUAAAUGGUAAGCAUAUCGUCAAAAGUGGAACAGAUUUUCGCAAUCUUAGUAAAAUAACGUUCACUUUCACCUCUAGUGGUUUGAAAGUAGAUGUAGAAAGAGUAGAUUUAGAUUCCAGUAUACCCGAGGAUCCACAGAUCCAGAAGAUUGUUGCACAUUUAAAUGAGGAGAUAAGUGAGAAGAUGGAUGAACAUAUGGGAAUAACACAUGUAGACAUGGAUGGAAGAUUUAAAACUAUCAGAACAAUGGAGACAAAUUUAGGAAAUUUUGUAACAGAUGUAAUGUUAGAAAUAUCAAAAGCAGACUGUGCUUUAUUGAACUCAGGAACCUUUAGAUCUGACAGAAUUCAUCCAAAAGGAGAAUUUAAGCUGAGAGAUUUAUUAACCAUUCUUCCUCUUGUUGACAAUUUAGUUGUUAUUGAAUGUACAGGUGCUGAGGUGGUUGAAGCUUUAGAAAAUGGUGUAUCAAAAUAUCCAUCCUUAGAAGGUAGAUUUCCACAAGUGGCAGGAAUAAAUUAUGGUUUUGAUCCAACAAAGCCUCCAGGGGAGAGAGUUGAUCCAGAAUUGGUACAAAUCCAAGAUCAAUAUAUCCACCUGAAUAAGAAAUACCUAUUGUGUACAAAAGAAUACAUAGCAGAUGGGAAAGAUGGAUAUGAAGUGUUCAAAAAGUGUCCUGUGGCUAUUGACUCAGAAAAGCUAAUGACAUUGAGUACAGCCGUAAGAAACCACUUUGAGUCAGUACAAAUUUUGCAAGGUGCUAAGAAAUGCAAAUCUGGGCAUAGGCAGAGCUUAAUUAGUCUUGUAAGACGAGAAAGUUUGGUUAAACAAGCUAGUUUAGAAUGGCAUAUACCACAUCAACUUGUAAGACAGAUGAGUGUUCAUGAUGUAGAAUGUGAGAAAAGUCACCUUUGUCCGAAAGUUGAAGGCCGUAUCUUCUUUUAUGAUGACCAGAAAAGGGAGAUAAUGAAGAUGACAAAAGUUGAAAUCCCAAUGAGUCUGAGUGACGAAAUAAUCCAAGAGGAAGAGGAAGAAGAUGCCAAAGAGAAAGACAAUGGUGUGGAAGGAUGUAUACAGAAAGACAAGCUAAAGCUAGAUUAUGUUGACAUACAUACACUCUGAACACGUCUAUCUUUUUAAAAAUAUCAAAUGUUGGUUUAAUCCAAAGGCAUUAACACUAGUAUUUUUAACUGAUAAUAGGAUUUGACAUUUAUGGCAUUUACGAAAAGACUUUGGAAAGACAUGCAUAGUAUUGAAAAAUACAUUCCAUUUCUAUUCUUCAUAGUUUCUGAUUACUCAAACUUUUAUCAUCUGUCAUUAACAUGAAGUUCUGAAGUAUUAAAUCUUCUUGCAUCAAUUAAUAGACUGGAAUUUCUGUAAACUCCAAUUAACAUACAUUUCCCUCUCAUUUUUUUUUAUAUUUAGUCUUCUAAAAAAUAAAAAAAGCAAUCUCCUCUUUUUAAGUCUAAGAUGUAUCAAGUCUGUCAGCCUUACAUAGUUAAUACAAUUAAUUUUUUGAAUAACUAAAUUGAGUAGGUGUUUACUUAUACAAAUGUAUAACGUCAUUCGAAUUAGUAUUUACAUACAUCAUUAUGCAUUGCAUUCUAUUUCAAUGAUAGAUCAAGAUAGUAAUGGUGGUAAAAACCAUUUACUUUAAUGUAAUAUUGAAUGGGCUUCCUGUUUUUGUUUUUCUUGACUUGUCUGUUAACCCUGCAGCAUAGUGCAUAUGCUAUGCUCAAGUCUUUAUGUAGCAAUACACAGUUAGGAAAAUAACUUAAAAUUGACACUCAUAAUUUUUAACCACCCUCUUUCCCUUGCUUUAUAACAAAUAAGUCUUAAUGUUUGUGUUAUGUAUGUGCAUAUGCAUGGAAACAGAAUAUUCCAUAGAUUUGAUUUCCAAUAGUUAAAAUGGUGAAAUGUAAUCUCUUUUGGUGUAACCAUGGCAACAAUCUGCAUUAAUUAAUACAAAAUAUUGCAAAAGGGGGGGGGGGGGGGGUGAAAAUAUCACAAAAGACACAAAAAUUUGGUCCAAAGUAUUUAUUUCAAUCUAUAGAGUGAUAUCUUUUUCUGAAACCACUGACAUUUAUCUAUCAAGAGGUCCAAAAAAAAUCAUAUGCAUUUCACCUCAUUUUUCCAUAAAAUUGAAUUGAAAAGUUUGAGCGUCAAAUAUUUGUUGAAGAACACCACAAUAAUUUCUGGACCUAUGGACGGUAUGGAUGUAAAAAUAUGGACUGUUGAACAGAAAAAGGCCUAUAAAACAUGCAAAAAACAAUCUUGAUGUUCAUAUAAACCCACUUUAAAGGCUAUAUUAUUCUUCAGUUAUCUAAAAAUCAAUUUUAUUGCACUAUAACUUUCAUAUUUAAAAAAUUCACCAUGGCCAAAAUGCAAAACCAAACUCCAAACUGUGUAAGGCUACAUUACCUACUUUUCAAUUUAGUGCCAUCAAUAUGUUUACAUAUCAGGUAAAUAUUAGUUAGCAUGACUCAAUAUUUCUUGUCCUUUGAUACUUUCUGUAGUUCUUUGUUUUACCUGUUAUUUAAAAUUUUUAUUGAUGUUAGUAAUGGGGUAGUAUUUUUGAAUUUGGUUACACUGAAAUGUUCAUGUACUUACAAGUAUUUUUACUCGUGAGGUUUUUUUUUUUAUGAAAAGACCUGCAGAAUUCUUUUUCUUUCCCACGUCACUUACAUCAGACAGGAAGGGCACAUCCAAAAUUGCAAUUGCUGCAUGAAAUAAAGAUUACACGAGAAUCAUCAUCCAUUUAGCCAACCCAUUUUAGUGAAUCAUAGCUCCAUUCAAACAUUCUGAAGUAUUCUAUAUGCAUUCCUGGAGAUCAGUUGGAUUUAUUUUAUGAAAUUGUUACAUGUCAUUUGAUAUUCAACAUUGGUAUAGUCUUCCAUUUUAAUACAGUUCAUUUAAUGAAAAUGUCCAACAUAUUUACACUUUAUGAUGAACACAUCAAGUUUGAGUGAUUUUCCAAUGUGGCCUGCUUACUGAAAAUCUAAAUUUAGUAAAAUAAACUUUAAAUUUUGCUCAGGCAAUGUAAGAUAGAAUAAAUUUUGCACAUCUUUAUUUUUUAUAGAAGCUAAAAUACCAUCCUUGACUUUAUACCAGACCCUUAAAUCCCCAUUGGAAACUAAAGAAAUCUUGGUAUGAUAUCAUGACAGAUGUGGAAAGUGAUCUGAAAUGAUUUGUUACACUGUUUCAUGUUGAUUACCCAUAAUUCUUUUAUUUGAAUAAGUAGAUAAUAUCAAAGAUAUUGCAUGGGAAAUUCAGAAAUUCAUAUGAAUCACCAGUAUAAAAAAUGUCACUGCAUUCCAUGUGCUUCUUUCACCAAUGGGAUGCUAUAUAAGAGGCUAAAACCUUAUUGUAUAUGACCUCACAUCUGACAGAAGCCUCUCACUUAUCAGAGAAUUCUGUAGUGACUGAUGCUGCCAAAAUAGAAAAAUCUUUGCCAAUCAAAGUCACUGCCCUGCAUUUAACAUGUCGUAAUUUUUCCAUCUCAGAGUUGCCAUGAUAUAUUCAUACCAACAGCCAUAAUAAUUUUACGAAAAUGAUGCUCAUGAUAAUCUUAAAAUAUGUUGAAAGGAAAAAUUUCCAAAUUUAAGAUUUUUAAAUCAUAGGUUUUUUGUUACAAUACUUAUUUUCAUGGCAAACAAUCACAAAUAUCUACUACUGAAUACAGACAAGUGAUAGAUGAAAAUAAAUUUCAGAAUGGGAAACAAACCUGUAAAACUUUUUAUAUAAUGCUUCACAUUUUUCAUAUUUUUUUUUUAAACAUUUUCACAUCUAAUGACAUAAUUGCAUUCAUGAAUAUAAAAAGUUCAGAUUAAAAAUAUAUAUAUUUAUUCAUGAAUAAAAUCUAUCAAAUUAUUGAUUAUUUAUGUCAAGAGACCUGCAUGGUACCACAGUUAUUGUCCUUUGAUUUUGGUUGUUCACAAAUAUAGUCGCUAGUGUGGACAGCAAAUUUUUUUUUCUACACCUUUUACCAUAAAUAUUGUUUAAAAUGAUAUUUGCAAUGACAAAGUUGUUAAAUAUUCGGAAAUUAAGUUUCACUUCCAUUAAAAAUUGCACUGAUUCCUCACUUUGGACUGGCUUUACCUUUUUGUCGAGCCCUCGACUUUUGUCGAAAAAGCGAGACAUACCAAUCCUACAUUCCGUCGGCGGCGGCAGCGUCCACAAAUAUUCACUCUGUGGUUAAAGUUUUUGAAAUUUUAAUAACUUUCUUAAACUAUCCUGGAUUUCUUCCAAACAUGGACAGAAGCUUGUUUAUGAUCAUAAGAUAGUAUCCAGAAGUAAAUUUUGUAAAAAAAAAAUUCCUGUUUUUCCGUAUUUGACUUAUAAAUGGACUUAGUUUUUCUGCCAGGAAACAUUACAUUCACUCAGUGGUUAAAGUUUUUAAAAUUUUGAUAACUUUCUCAAACUAUCCUGGAUUUCUACUAAACAGACAGAAGCUUGUUUAUGAUCAUAAGAUAGUAUCCAGAAGUAUAUUUAAAAAAAAAAUUCAUGUUUUUCCGUAUUUUACUUAUAAAUGGACUUAGUUUUUCUGCCAGGAAACAUAACAUUCACUCUGUGGUUAAAGUUUUUAAAAUUAUAAUAACUUUCUUAAACUAUCCUGGAUUUGUACCAAACAUGGACAGAAAUUUGUUUAUGAUCAAAAGCUAGUAUCUAGAAGGAAAUUUUUAUUUAAAUUUUGUACUUGUUUAUCCAUAUUUUACUUAUAAAUGGACUUAGUUUUUCUUCCAGUUAACAUUAGAUAGUCUGCAGUUAAAUUUUUUAAAACAUUUAUUAGAUUCAUAAACUAUCCUGGAUUUUUACUAAACUUGUACAGAAGCUUCUUACAAUAAAAAAAUUGUAUCGAGAGGAAUAUUUUUAUUAAAUUUUUUCCUCAUCUCAUUUUUGUUGAGCCUGCGAUUAACAGCAAAAGUAGGCGAGACACUGGGUUCUGUACGAACUUUUAGUCUUAUUAUAAAUUAUAUCAGCUCUGCUAAGUGACUGAUCAGAAUUGAUGCUGUUUGAUAUUAAAAUUACACAAUAUUUUGAAUUGUGUCAAAAGGUGCUUGUUCUUUUGUGUUACAUCCUCAUAACCUUAAAAUCUUUUCGGUAUGCAAGGUAUUUUUUUUUUGGUACUGGCUCUACUCUUUUAGUCUUAUUUUAUUAAUUCAGCUCUGCCAAGUGAUGAAUCAGAGUUGAAACCAUAUGAUAUUAAAAUUACACAACAUUUCAAAUUGUGUUAAUAGGUGCUUGUUCUUCUGUGUCACAUCCUCAUAUCCUUUCAAUCUUUUCAGUAUGCAAGGCUGAUGAACAAAACAAACCUAUGCUUUUCAUUCAUCUAACUUGCAAAAUUUUGAAAAAUACUUUAAGCCUGUUAAAGAUUGUUUGUUAACCUCUGUUUGUCUGUAUUGUUUUGUUGCUGUCUCAAUGAUGUAUAUCCCAGAUUUCCCUUUUAUUCAUAUUUGAAGGCAAUUAUUAAACAAGGAAGCUGUGUUUGUUUGUAUAUUAUUAUUAUUUAUGUUCCUAUUUUUAAGUCCUAAAUUUUACAUACCAUAUCAUAUUUUUUAUUACCAAAGAUUUAUCGUGUCUGUACCAUCUACAAAAGGAUCAAAGGUGCAGAUAGACUCUUCAAUUUUUUUAGAUACUAAAUCAGCAUUAGUGUUUUCUUGUAAGAUUCACCAUGUUCCUGAAAAAAAUGUUUUGUGACAGAAAUUGAACAAAAGUCUACAUAGUCUCGCUUAUAAAAACAUUAAUAUUUGUUAAUGCAUUUUUUUAAUGUAUUUUUUAACACAACUUUUUUGUUAAUGCAUUUGUUAAUGUAUUUUUUAACACAACUUUUUUGUUAAUGUAUUUUUUAACACAACUUUGUGAGAGAGUUUGACAGAAAUGAUCCAAUUAUUAUAAAAUUUAAUGAAAUACAUGUACCGGUGAAUAUUUUAAAUUUGAUUUAUCCAUGCAUGUAUAAACUGUUUUAACCAUAAUCUUGCAUUUGAAUGGCAUUACCAGUUUGAAUUUAUAUUUCAAUUUUUAUUACAACUUUUAAUUCUCGUUAACUUUUUUUAUUAUUCAUGAUGUUGACUAAUAAAAGUUGGAACUAGUUA